AUGUUUGGUUUCCGUACCCCGGCGAAAGAGUCGAUCCAGAAAAAGGACUCCUCACCCAGAGAGGAAGAGAAGAGAAAAAUGACAGAGGGGGCCGGUUCCCCAGUAGACCUAGAAAACAAACAGACGACAUCAAAAGUUCGGCGUAGCGUAGGCGAAAUCGAAGCUAGGCGAACGUCGCCUCAGCUCAAGAAGCAAGAACAACAGCCUCAACACGGGGAAAAACCAAAACCAAAGCCGACUACCGGUGGGAUAAAGUUAAGCUUUGGGCAAAAGGCGACGACGGAUGCAAAAGGUUGCUCCCAAAAAGGCAAACCGACGAGCAUAGAAUCAGAGAAGUCCCCAACAUCCAAAACGCCAACGAUAAAAUACAAAACGCGAACUGCCGAAGCCAAAGCUUGCCUUCUAAAAGCAAAGAUCCAGAUAGACAAGAGUAGGAAUCUCAAAAGCGACAUAAAGGCCGAUGUCUUAGAAGCUGUCGAAAGGCUUUAUGCCUUGGUAAAAGAAGCAGAAGAGGGCAGAAAGUCAACAAUAACAACCCACGACCAAGUACAACCAGUCCACGAAACCAUCCAUAGUGACCUAGCCACUCGGAUCGAGGAGCACUCAAAGCACCUAAAAGAGCACACCAAAAAGAUGGAGGAGCUUAAGGAAGCCAUCGAAAAGGAGAGGCAGAGAGAUCAAGUGGAGAGACUAACCUACGCUAGCGUUGCAGCACAUCAAAACAUAAGGAUGCUUCCAAACAAGAGGGAAACGCUGCACUCCGUUGUUAUCACCUCAACAGAUGAGAAUGAUACUGGAGAGCAGGUUUUAGACCGCGUCCGGAAGGCUGUAGACGCGAAAGAGGGCUGGCUCACAGUACAAAAGGUCCGCAAAGCCAAGGAUCGCAAGAUAGUGAUGAGCUUCAAGUCAAAAGAGGAUCAGGCCAAAGCAAAAGAAAAGCUGUCGAAGAACGAAAACCACCUCGUAGUCGAAGAGAUGAGGAACAAGGACCCGCUUCUGAUUUUGAGAGACGUCCUAAUAGACAACAAGGACGAGGGCGUCCUCAAAGCCUUACGAAAUCAGAACCGAGAAAUCUUCAAAGGCCUCGACGAAGGGGAGGACAGAGUCGUGAUAAAGUACAGGAAGAGGGCCCGAAAUCCCCUGACCGGCCACAUUAUCUUGAGUACGUCCCCGAAGAUCUGGAGGAGAGCGGUUGACGCUGGAAUGCUCCACAUUGAUCUGCAACAAGUAAGAGUGACAGACCAGUCGCCACUGGUGCAGUGUUCGCGGUGCCUGGCAUAUGGACACGGGAGGCGUUUCUGCAAGGAAACCGAGGACCUAUGCAGUCAUUGUGGAGGUCCCCACCUGAGAGCGCAAUGCCCAGAAUGGCUAGCGAACGCUGCACCAACCUGCCGAAACUGUAGUAAGGCGAAGCUUACUGCUAAAGUUGCCCAUGGCAAAAAACUCCCCCUCCACGUUAUACAAGCGAACCUGCAAAGGAAACAGCUGGCCACACAUGAACUAUUCAUGGAAGCGGGGAAGCGGAAAGCAGCCAUAGCCCUACUGCAGGAGCCAUAUGUCGGAGGAGCCAACAAUAUGAAGGGACGAGGGGGCGCGAGGAUCUUCCAGUGCACGAACCCGGGAAAUGGGACUGUGAAAGCUGCAAUAGCCGUAUUUCAUCCAGACUUACAGAUUAUCCAGUAUCCGCAACUCACCACAACCAACAUCUGCGUGGUGGGGAUUAGGGCGGGUGCCUGGGAGGUCACUUGUGUCUCCUAUUACUUCGAAGACACAGAGCCCAUAGGUCCAUAUCUAGACCAAAUCCGGAAGAUCGGAGAACAGGUGAACCCAAGAAGGUGGCUCCUCGGAGGGGACUCCAACGCUAAAAGCACGUGGUGGGGGAGCAACAAAAUUGAUGCCAGAGGUGAAGAGAUGGCAGGAACGCUUGAUGAUUUGGGUCUGAUCGUACUAAACAGUGGGGAAAUUCCGACCUUCGAUGUGAUAAGAGGCGGCAAAAGAUACUCAAGUCAUGUGGACGUGACUGCCUGCUCUGUGGAACUGCUGGACCUGGUAGACUGCUGGAGAAUCGCCGAAGACCUGACGAGUUCGGACCAUAACGGCAUAGUAUUUGACAUCCAUCUGCAAAAAAUUACACCAAACAAAAUUAAAAGAACGACAAGAAUUUAUAAUACUAAAAAAGUUAAUUGGGCCGCAUUUCAUGUGAAAUUAGGCCAAUUAAAACAAGUCUUUGAACUUAACAAAUCCAAAUUAGAAGAGAUAAAUACAAUUGAAGCAUUAGAGUCAGUAGUUAGUAAAUUUACAGAAGUCAUAAGUAGAACCUGUGAAGAAACAAUACCUAAAAUAAAUAAUAGAAAGAAACUCACCUUGCCGUGGUGGUCCGAGGAGCUGGAAACAUUGAAGAAAGAAGUAGCUACCAGGAAGAGUAGAAUCAGAUGCGCUGCACCAGUCCGCAAACCGAAGGUCGUAGAAGAAUAUCUGAAACAUAAAGAGAAGUACGAAUCAGAAGCGGCAAAGGCCCAAAUCAGAAGCUGGAAGGAGUUCUGCGAGAAGCAGGACAGAGAGGGCCUUUGGGAAGGCAUCUAUCGAGUGAUAGGUAGAACGAGUAAAAGGGAGGAGGACGUGCCACUAGAAAAGGAAGGUGAGGUGCUAGACGCAAGGAGCUCAGCAAAACUCCUGGCAGAGACAUUUUACCCUGAAGACCUAGAGGAAAACGACAAUUGCGAUCAUCGAACAACAAGAUUGCGAGCUAAAGCCGUCAAUGAACCGACCCAAAACUGCAAGCAGGAUCCGCCGUUUACGAUGGUAGAGUUAAAAACUGCAAUCAGCUCAUUUAACCCAAAAAAGGCACCAGGCGGAGAUGGGUUCACAGCAGAUAUCUGCCUGAAUGUAGUAGAACAAGAUCCUCACUUCUUCCUAGAUUUAGUGAAUAAAUGCCUGACCUGCCACCAUUUUCCCAGGGCGUGGAAGGAGGCCACAGUAGUGGUCCUAAGAAAACCUGGAAAAGAAAAGUAUACCACGCCUAAAGCAUACAGGCCUAUUGGCCUUUUAUCCGUACUCGGGAAAACUUUAGAAAAAUUAAUUGUUUCAAGGCUCAAAUACCACAUACUUCCUAAAAUUAGUACCCACCAGUACGGCUUUAUGCCACAAAGGAGCACCGAAGACUCCCUCUAUACCCUACUUAAACAUUUGAACGACAAAUUGACUCAAAAGAAACUGAUAACACUAGUGUCACUGGAUAUAGAGGGAGCCUUCGAUAGCGCCUGGUGGCCCGCCAUUAAAGUACGACUGGCGGAGGAAAAUUGUCCCUUGAAUUUGAGGAAAAUCAUGGACAGUUACCUGAGCGACAGAAAGGUAAAAGUCAGAUAUUGCGGGGAAGAAUACCAGAGGGAGACUCAAAAGGGUUGCGUACAGGGGUCAAUAGGAGGGCCAAUACUCUGGAAUUUACUCCUGGACCCACUCCUGAAACGAUUGGAGAAGGGGGCUCACUAUUGUCAAGCAUUUGCGGAUGAUGUGGUCCUUAUUUUUAACGGAGAAACGGCCCAAGAGGUCCAAAGACGUGCCAAUUGCGCCCUCGAGUGUGUCCGGGAAUGGGGUGUCGCGAACAAACUUAAAUUUGCGCCACAUAAGACGAGCGCAAUGGUUAUCACACGCAAACUAAAAUAUGACACCCCGCGCCUGAACAUGGGAGGGGUCAAUAUUGGCAUGUCUAAAGAGAUUAAGCUGUUGGGAGUCAUCUUGGAUGAAAAACUUGCAUUCAAUCAACAUGUCGCGGGAGUAUGCAAGAAGGCGAUUAGCAUAUAUUACCAACUACAACGUGCAGCGAAAGUUAGUUGGGGACUGCACCCGGAGGUAAUACGAACUAUAUACACUGCAACAGUCGAGCCGAUAAUCUUGUAUGCCGCCAGCGUAUGGGCUCCGGCGGUAAAAAGGUUAGGGAUUCAGAAGCAAUUAAACGCAGUUCAGCGAGGCUUUGCUCGGAAGUUAUGCAGGGGCUACCGCACCGUCUCCCUGAACUCGGCACUGGUUCUGGCUGGGAUGCUCCCUCUCGACAUUCGUGUACGCGAGGCAGCCUCACUAUAUGAGGCCAAGAGAGGGGUACCUCAGUCAGCGCUCGGAGACAGGGAGGUGGAGCGAAUGACACCAGCACUACAAUCCCCGCACCCCGCGGAGCAUAUUGGCUGGGAGUUCAAAAGACUGGUGAACCAGGAACACUUAGACCUAAAUAGCAAUUUCGAUAUCCGCAUAUUCACCGAUGGCAGUAAGGUGGAGGGCAAGGUCGGGGCGGCGCUAUCCAUGUGGAAUGGUGCUGUCGAGACCAAAACCCUCAAACUUACUUUGUCGUCGUAUUGCACCGUAUACCAGUCGGAGCUCCUGGCCAUAUGCAAAGCGACGCGUGAGGCUGUAAAAUCUAAAGCGAAUAGCAUUGGAAUCUACAGCGACUCGAUGGCAGCAUUACAGACGGUCACUAACUUAGGUGCCCUCCAUCCACUUGCAGUCGAAACCCGCCAGAACCUGCGGAAGGCCUUACUCCGGAACAAAUAUAUAAGUUUGUUCUGGAUAAAAGCUCACGCGGGUCUGGAGGGUAACGAACGCGCCGAUCACCUUGCCAAAGAGGCCGCUGUGGGUUCCAAGCGCAGGCCUGACUAUGACCUGUGCCCGGUUUCAUUCGUCAAGCGAAUCAUUCGGAUGGAAUCGCUUGACGAAUGGAACCGGAGAUACCAAAACGCUGAAACAGCGGGAGUUACAAAACUUUUCUUCCCCGAUGCGGUGGCGGCGUACAGGGUUAUCCGAAAAAUCACACCAACAAGCUUGACAACACAGAUCAUGACAGGGCAUGGUGGAUUCUCCGAGUACCUGAAUCGAUUCCGGUGCAAGGAGAAUCCAUCAUGCAUCUGUGAACCGGGGAAGGAUGAGACGGUCCCGCAUAUAUUGCUCGAGUGCCCAGUAUUUAGUGUCGAAAGGCACGAAGUAGAAACCAAGAUGGACUCCAAGAUAACAUUAGAUGAAAUAAAUAGGAUAAUGGUAGGUAAAAAUAGAGAGGUGUUCCUAGAUUAUUGUAAGAAUAUAGCAACUGCGGAGACCGUUAAGCCAACGAAAAAGGCGAAAACAACUCGGCCAUCAGCAUCGAAAACAGCCACGCGAUCGCUGAGGGAACAAGUAUUGGCGAAGGCCACAGUAGCCAGGUCCUCUAUGAGCGAGGACUCAUCUCCAUCGACAGCUAAUACCGAGCCGGUCCUCAGUAGCUGCAAAAAAGUAGAGGAAUGGUCUCGGGAAGAGCUGCCUCCGCGCCCCAUCGUGUCGGACGACGAAUCCACAGCGUCCGAAUCUUACUUUUCAGAUCAGCAAGACACUGGACGCCCUAGCUACAUACAAACCACCACAAAAAUACGAGGAGUGGAAAUGGACAUGGCAACCAGACUAGCGAAUGAGCUGUUCCUGAAAGCAAAAGACGCACUAGAAACUGCAGGCAACAUGAAAAGAGAGUGCAAAGCAACCGCACUCGAGUGCUUGCAGUCACUCUAUGAAACUGUGCUAGCUCUUUCAGAUUCCAGGUCGAGACACAAAUGCAACCUGGAAAAAGAAAGAAGCCGACAUGCUCAGGAGCUAGUCAGGGUGGAACGGGCUCACAAUAAAAAACUCCAAGAUCUCACGGAGGGCCUAACCAAGGAGCUUAGGCAAGCCCGAACCGAUAUCACCACUACUCUCAACGAAGCCAAGGCAGUCCGGGGUUGGCUGGAGUACGAGACCCGGGAACCGCAUAAUAAGAUUCGGGAAAUCAAUGCUGCGCUGAAAGCUCUAGACGAAAGGCUGAAACAUCAAGCCCACAUCUCGUCCAACGAAAAACCGGUCGACGGGAACACUCACCACGAUCAGGAGACUUUGACAAAGCUCCUUCUUAGGGCAGAGUCCUUGUCGAGGCAAUUGGACGAGAACAGAAGGGAUCUGGAAAAAAUCAAAUCCAACACGAUCCACGUCCAGAGCAACACAGAAAAAGCGAUUGAGCUUCUCGAGUCACGGUCGCGUAUCCCAGUAGAAGAAAGCGAGAGAACUAAAGGCUGGGAACAACUGGAAGAGGUAAAAACGGUUCUGAGUGAUAUAAAGAGAACGAUCAGCCGAGAACCUGUCCCGAGCAAUUCGACAGCAACCGACCUAACUGAACACCUGCAACCAAUCACCGAACGCCUCGAAGCAGUAUCGUCGGAGAUACGAACAAUGCGAGAGUCUAGGCAGAAAACUCCACCACCGGCCCAGAGCAUCGGAGCCGAAUUAGCUAUAGCGGAGAUAGCAAAAAAGACGAGAGCUAUCCCGACAUACGCAGAAAAG